UGUACAUAGCACUACAGAACAUGGCCACUAAGAAAUUCCUUGUCGACAUCCACACCCACGUUUAUCUUCCACGCUAUGCUUCUCUACUUAGAUCUCGUUCAUCUGUUCCCAAGAUCAUCUCCUUGAACAAUCAAGAAAGACUUGUAAUCCUACCAAAUGAAUCUACUGCUGGACGACCCGUUGGGCCCCAGUACUGGGAUCGCGAUGAAAAGCUCAAGUUUAUGGAUCGGCAUGGAAUUGACGUGUCGAUUGUUAGCACCGCGAAUCCGUGGCUCGACUUUCUUACUCCAACUGAAGCACAAAAAAUCGCGCUAGAGCUCAACGAUGACUUGGAGCAAUACUGUUCGACGAGCCCUGUCAUCACUGGACCUGAAAACUCAAAAGCUUUGAAGAGAAUGUACGGAUUCGGCCUCCUUCCGCUCGUUCCAGAGAUUACAACUCGAUCGCUGUUGGAUGCUGUCAAACAAAUCUCGGAGUCACCUCAUUUGAAAGGAUUGAUAAUGGGCACACGGGGAUUAGGAAAAGGGUUGGAUGACGAAGCUCUGGAUCCUGUGUGGGAUGCUAUUGAGGCUGCUGAAUUGGUCGUAUUCUUGCACCCUCAUUAUGGCGUCGAUAGCAGUGCUUGGGGAGAAAGAGACAACGGACACGUCUUGCCGCUGGCUUUAGGAUUCCCCUUUGAGACAACUACAGUUGCUACGCGGCUGAUACUUUCGGGGGUGUUCGACCGCUUCCCGCGUCUCCGUCUGCUUUUGGCUCAUUCAGGUGGUGCCCUUCCUCAGCUCUCUUCUCGUCUUGCAUCUUGCAUCGACCACGAUCCGGUCGUCGCCUCGAGGCUUAAACAUGACGCGCGCUUCUAUCUCGGAAAACUGUUUCUGGAUGCAGUUGCGUAUGGUUCAGAGGAGUUGGGUUUCGUUAGUGAUGUCCUUGCUCGCGCGCGUCAUUACGAGAAAGGGGCACGUUACGGUUCGUCAACUACACCCAGGAGCGCAGGCAGCGAUAGGAUGCUUUUUGGCACCGAUCAUCCAUUCUUCCCGCCUCUGAAUUCGACUGAGAAGUGGAGAAGUGUCGUCGAGAAUCUUGAAGCGAUAGACAAGGUUCAGGGUUGGUCCUCGGUCGACAAGGAUGCUGUCAGAGGUGGAAAUGCCCUGUCGCUGUUCAAUUUGGAUAUGAAACAGUAA